GACACGAUCUUACAUAUGCUACAUUUAUUCUUGCUUAUAAACCAUGCUUCGCCUUUCGUAUUCAUCGUUCGUUAAUAAAAGUGCUUGUUUCUUUUGCGUGGUCACGACGGACCAUGAAGAGAAUCCCAAUUUUAAUUUAAUUUUGUAUUUCACAUCAUUUGCAGUUUCUAAAUUUUAGUUGUGUUUUUUGAUUUAUGAUAUAAAUUCUAAUUAUUCUAAUUGGACUGUGAUCAUGCAUCGAUCACAACAAUUUUUAAUUAUUUACAACUUCUUCGUCGUUUUUUUUGUAUUACAUAACUAUGAUCAGAGUAUUUCCUGUGUGUGAUACAAAUGUUUUCUAUUUAAUAUCAAAAUUCUGAAUACUAACGAUAUUAUGCUACGUAAGUUGAUUAAAGUCUAAAUAAUCUUUAUUCGAAGAACUGGUUUAUUUUGUAACCAUCCUUACAAUCAGCUAACUUGUUUCAACAUAGUUCAGGAUACGCUUGAGCGAAUAGUUACUUCCGUUAUAUCGUGCUUCAUUUACAAAUCACCUCGACACGCAAUCACAGCAACGCUAUCGUAAAUUAUGAAGAGUGUUACUUAAAGUGAAACUUUCUCUUCUCCUUAAAAUUUCUGGGGACCAAUGAUGCCUUCACGUUUAAAAAACAUAGGUGCGUCACUGAAACGCUCCUGUUUUCUUAGUACGCAUGCGCUAUAAAUCCCAUACUGCGCAUCACUCGCGCAAACGCGUGUUCCCGCGCAUCAUUGGAAUUUUGAAACUGAGAAUUUUUUCAUUCUCAUCAAUAUAAUUAUAUGAAAUGCAAUUGAAUAAAAUUUGGGGCUCUGCAUGGUCCAUCGUCAAAGGUAUCGUAUGAAUAAAAGAUCAAAGGUGGAAGAAAAAAGACACAAAUACACAGAUAACUUUCAUGAAACCAAAAUAAAAGAAAAGUUUGGCAUCUUUUGCACGGAUUCUUGGAAGGCACAUCAGUUGUCACGUAAAACAGUUAACUGUUUUACGUCGGUAAUAUCUUGGGCAACUUUGAAAAUGAAAAAAAAAAAAAACAUCUCCGGUAAAAAAGCAAAGUAUGAAGUAACAAGGAUGAAUGUUAUAAGAAACACGCACGGACGUGCCAGUUUGCUGCAUAGCAGCAAUAUGGCCGCUUUGCCUCUCUCUUUGACGCCAUCAAAGUGGGGCUUUCAGACCGUCCAUGGGUUCUUACGACGCAUGCGUUCGACACAUACAUUACACAGUUAUACCAACAUAAGAGAAAACACAAUUUCAUGCGUAGCGUGA